AUGGCGACCCUCCAAGCGAGCACGUUUCUGCUGAUCAGUGUUAUUUUUCUGUCCUUGGUACCAAUUAAGCUGGGAGCUCAAGCCAAGUCAAGCUUGAUCAGUGAAGUUGAUGAUGUCAAAGAUUUCAAAAAAAUCUUACGUACAAAGACAAAUGUCAUGGUGAUCUUUGUCAAAUCAGAAAAGUCUGUGUCCCAGUAUUUGGCUAUCCUCAAGCAGGUAGCAGAAGAAAUGAAGGGGAAAGCGACAUUGUUACUGGUGGACUGUGGAGAGGCAAAGAAGCUUUGUAAAAAAUACAAAGUGGCUCCUUCAAGUGUAGACUUCAGACAUUUCAAAGACGGAGAAUAUAAUAAAGAUUAUGACAGAAAAAUUACUGUUAAGUCUAUGGUGAACUUCUUGCUGGACCCUACAGGGGAUUUACCAUGGGAAGAGGAUCCAACAGCUCAAGAUGUGGUUCAUAUAGACAGCCCUCAGGCAUUUUACAAGUUACUGAAGAAAGAAAAAUCACCACUUUUAGUGAUGUUUUAUGCACCUUGGUGCGGCUUCUGUAAACGGUUAAAACCAGAUUUUUCUGCAGCAGCCACAGAGGUUAAAGGUCAAGCUGUUUUAGUUGGGGUAGAUGUGGACAAGCCACAUCAGUUCCAGUUAAGGAUGGACUACAACAUUACAGGCUUCCCUACUAUCUAUUAUUUUGAAAAAGGACAAAUGAAGAUGAAGUAUGGAGGGGAAAAUAAUAAAGAUGGAAUCAUAAAGUGGCUUAAAGACCCGAGCCAACCCGCAGAGCCCAAAAAGGAAGAGCAGUGGUCAGAUGAGGAGAGUGAUGUGGUUCACCUGACAGACGAUGACUUUGAUGACUACCUCAAGUCUCAUUCCUCUGUCCUCGUCAUGUUUUAUGCACCAUGGUGUGGCCAUUGUAAGAAGAUGAAACCAGAGUAUGUUCAAGCUGCUGCCCAGCUGAAGGAGGACGGGAUAGAUGCAACACUGGCAGCUUUGGAUUCCACAAAGCAUAAAGCUGGAGAGAAGUUUGAAGUAAAGGGCUUCCCAACAGUGAAAUAUUUUAAAGAUGGGGAGUUUCUGUAUGAUUUUAACGAGAGAACAGCAGAUAAGCUUGUGGAGUUCAUGAAAGAUCCUAAGGAACCGCCGCCCCCACCUCCCCCAGAGCCCAAGUGGGAGGAGACAGAAAGUGAUGUGCAUCACCUUACGGAAGAGACCUUCAAACCAUUCCUCAAGAAAAAGAAACAUUCUUUAGUUAUGUUUUAUGCACCAUGGUGUGGCCAUUGUAAAAAAGCCAAGCCUGAAUUCAUGGCAGCUGCCUCCACACAUAAAGACGAUCCAAAAGUAGCCUUUGCAGCACUGGACUGUACAACCCAAGUUACUGUCUGUACCCAACAUGAGGUUACAGGUUACCCAACAUUCAAAUAUUUCAACUACGGCAAAAAUCCCAAAAAUUAUAUGGGCGGGAGAGAGGAGAAUGACUUUGUGAACUUCAUGAAGGACCCACUUAGCACAGGAACCCUACCGUCUUCAACCCCCGCCCCACCCUCACGUACCCCAGGGGAGGACUGGACAGAUAUUGAUGGGUCAGAAAAUGUCAAUAUCCUUACGGGCAAAAACUUUGACUCCUUCAUCAAAGAGCAUAAGUCUGUGCUGAUCAUGUUCUAUGCGCCUUGGUGUGGACAUUGUAAGGCUAUGAAGCCAGAUUAUGGGAGAGCUGCUACAAGUCUGAAGUCAGAAGGGGUUUCUGGUUCUCUAGCUGCUGUUGAUGCCACACUGGACGAUGCACUGGCUGCUAAGUACAGUAUUAGGAGUUACCCAACAAUAAAAUAUUUCAAGGAUGGAGCUUUUGCAUUUGAUUACACUGGAGGGAGAAAAGACACCGAUCUGAUUUCAUUUAUGAAAAGCCCUAAGGCUCCACCUCCACCCCCACCCCCUGAGCCAGAAUGGAGUGAGGAGAAAAGUGAUGUCAGUUUCCUGACCAAGGAUAAUUUUGCUCAAUUUAUCAAAGACCACAAGUCUGUUUUGAUCAUGUUUUAUGCACCAUGGUGUGGUCACUGUAAGAGAAUGAAGCCUGCGUUCACCUCGGCUGCUGCUGUCAUGGUGAAAGAGGUUCCAGGAGGGAAGCUGGCAGCAGUGGAUGCCACUAAGAACCAGGACUUGGCCAAACAGUAUGGGGUUAAAGGUUACCCUACCCUCAAGUAUUUUAAAAAUGGAGAGGAUCAGUUUAAGUACACAGGAGGAAGAUCAGAAGAGGAUUUGGUGGCCUUUAUGAAAGAUCCCAAGCCCCCAGCGCCCCCGCCCCCAGCAGAACCUGCCUGGAGCACAGUGCCCAGUGCGGUGAAGCAUCUUACUGAGGCCAACUUUACAGACACCCUCGCAAACAAAGACGGCGCCCUUGUGAUGUUUUAUGCCCCCUGGUGCGGCCAUUGCAAGAAAGCCAAACCCGAGUUUCAAGCAGCAGCUGAUGCAUGGAAGGAUAAAAAAAACAUUAUAUACGCUGCAGUGGACUGCACAUCAAAUAGAGAUAUCUGUAAUAAACAUGGAGUCAAAGGUUAUCCAGCUCUGAAGUAUUAUGUAAAAGGAGAGUUUAAAUCUGAGUACAGCGGCGGUCGCUCAGAGUACAGUUUUACCACCUUCGUCACUGAGAAAGCUGGUGACAAAAAGGCAGGGAAGAAAGAGGAGUUGUAGCUGUCUGCUCAAAGGGUGGUCAAGUUUUAAAAAAUUCUUGU